AUGCAUUCGCUGCUGGAUCGCAAGAAGAAAGCAGGCGGCUGCGUGGAUGCUGGGCUGGAGCUGCCGGCUGCAGGUUCCCUUCCCCAGCCUCAGAGGAUGUUCAGCUGCGUGGGCUGCUUCUGGGUCCUCCUAUCCUCCUGCCUGGUGGCCGUCUGCAGCUUCAGCUUCCUCUCCCCUGCCUGGAUCGUGAAGGAGCAUCACCUCCAAGCCCACGGCGGGGUCAGCUUCGGCUUGCUGUGGCACUGCUCCGAGACGCUGGAGCAGAUGUACAGCUGCUACACCUUCGGGGGCCUGGGCAAGUUCCACGAGAUCCCCUCCAGCGCCUGGCAGACGAGUGCAGUGCUGUGUUCUGGAGGCUGUGGUCUCUUGGCCAUCAGCUGCCUGCUGGCGAUCAUCGCUAUAUUCCUGCCCAGUGGGCUCUGUGAGAGACGAGUGUGCACCCUGGCUGGCUACAUGCAGACAGCAGCGGUAUUCAUCAUGGCAUCUGGACUUUUGGUUUAUCCUUUCGGCCUCAACUCUGCUACAGUGAAGAAAUUCUGUGAGAAUUCAAGCAUAUACAAUGCAGGAGACUGCCAGAUUGGAUGGGGGUACAUGUUGGCAAUUGUUGGAGUCAUGUUAUCUGUCUUUUUACCAUUCUUUGCAAAAUAUGCACCAAAAGAGUACAUAUCUCCAACUCCAAUACCUACUAUUUUAUAG